AUGCUGCAGCAGCAGUUGGUCCUCUCUUGGGUUUCCCUGGUUUUGCUGGCAACACCUCUCCUGGCUAUAUGGGAACUGGAGAAAAACGUUUAUGUGGUCGAGCUGGAUUGGCAUCCAGAUGCCCCUAGAGAGACAGUGGUUCUUACCUGCGAUACAGACGAAGAUGAUGGCAUCACCUGGACCUCAGACCGGAGCAGUGAGAUCCUAGGCUCAGGCAAGACCUUGACCAUCCAAGUCAAAGAGUUUGGAGAUGCCGGCCAGUACAACUGUCACAAAGGCGGUCACGUUCUCAGUCAGUUGCUCCUGUUGCUUCACAAAAGAGAAGAUGGGGUUUGGUCCUCUGAUAUCUUAAAAAACCAGAAAGAGCCCCCAAAUAAGAGCUUUUUAAAAUGUGAGGCAAAGAAUUAUUCCGGUCGUUUCACCUGCUGGUGGCUGACAGCACUCAGUACAGACUUGAGAUUCAGUAUGAAGAGCAGCAAAGGCUCCUCUGACCCCCGAGGGGUGACAUGUGGCCAAGUGACACGCUCAGAUGAGAAGGUCCGAGUAGACCACAGGGACUACUACAAGUAUACAGUAGCAUGUCAGGAGGGCAGCGCUUGUCCAGCCGCCGAGGAGACCCUGCCUAUUGAAGUUGUGAUGGACGCUGUUCACAAGCUCAAGUAUGAAAACUACACCAGCAGCUUCUUCAUCAGGGACAUCAUCAAGCCAGACCCGCCCAAGAACCUGCAGCUAAAUCCUUUAAAGAACUCUAAACAUGUGGAGGUCAACUGGGAGUACCCUGACACCUGGAGCACCCCACAUUCCUACUUCUCCCUGACAUUUUGUGUUCGGGUCCUGGAGAAGAACAAGAAAGAAAGGAAAAUUAGAACCUUCACGGAUGAAACCUCCACCGAGAUCAAGUGCAACAAGGAUGCCACAGUCCAAGUGCAAGCGCGGGACCGCUACUACAGCUCUUGGUGGAGCGAAUGGGCGUCUGUGUCCUGCAGUUAG